ACCCGUCAGACGCCCCAGUUCUGAGUCGUCCAACGCGUCUCGCUCCGUUCUUGCGGUCUGCUCGGCCCUGGCGGUAGCGGUUGCUCUCUUGUCUCCCAGCCGCAGUGAGGAUUCGCGAGACGCUAUUUGAUCCUCAGCGUGCUUACCGGUGUCUCGCUCUGCUACCUUUGGAGUCUUUCACUAGAUGUCUCCACCACCCACCGGCACCUGCUGACCUACACUCCAGGGAGGCGUUCGGUCUUAAUUCCUCCUUUGCCCUUGUGCUAUCUUCUGGGCCUCCACAGAUUGAACAAUCUGAUAUACUUCAGGCACCCGUAUACCUGGUUGCUUUAUGGUCCUUUUUAUACAGACUCUAAAUACUUUUUCUAACCACCCAGUUUGAAUUUUCACCUGAACCUAGUUGACAUGGCCGUGACCUCCUCUCCUGGACUAGAGAAUCCCUGUUCACUUCGACCCAGUGCAAGUGUCUCUUUUCCUGUGAAACUUCUCUGACCCAUUCAAUCAUUGUUGCUUACUUUCCCCACUUGUGCCCUCACACAAUCAAGUACAUAGCUCUUAUAUAAUUCUUGAUCCACAUUUGAGUUCCGUACUAGACCAAAUUCCUUAAUGGCUCAGGAAUAUUUUCUUUAAUCCAUGCACUCCCAGUUCCUGGCAUGUAGUGCAUGUUCAACAAAUUAUUAAGUGACCGAAUGUAACUACUCUCACCUCCCUGUCUUCACUAACUGGAAGAGCCCUCUUUCGAGUCUCAAUCAGUGUUCGAAAUCCCAUUCUUUCAAUUACUCUGUGUGUGUAUUUAUUUUCCCUGCCCCAUUCCUGUCAGCUAAAAUAUAUUUUAGCUAAAUAUCCUAAAUUCUUCCUGACUGUCUUCUACCUGCUACCCUGGCUUUUUCCUUUACAGCCAAGCCCCCCAAAAGCGAAGUCUACAAAUUCUGUCCAUUUGUUCAUUUCCCAUUCAUUGUUUAAUCCACUGUAAUCUAGCCCUCAGCUACACUACGUCAAUGAAAUUGCUCUUUUUCGAAGCAUCAAUUAAACAAAUACCAGUUGAAUGGACUCUUCCUAUUCCUCAUACCACUUCUCUCUGUUGUACUUUACCUCUUUCACUUCUUUAUAGAAAUUCUUGCCUUCUUCUUGUCUCUCUGGCCACUUCACAGCCUUUUCAGGUUCUUCUAAUUUUAUGUACCAUUCAAGUGGUGAUAUUUUUCACCCUCCGGUUCUUGCUCUUUAUCUUUUCACAAUACACAGUCUUCUUGGGUGAAUUUAUUUUGGGUGGCUUCAAUUCACAAUGUUAUUGCUGAGCUCCACACUCAUGUGUUUACUUAAUUUCUGAUUAUUCCUUGGACAUUCUACAGACAAACUAGGUAAACAUAUUCAAAGACUUCAAUUUUCCUUUCUCACCGGUGCCUUCUCCUUUAUACUGUAUCUUGGUGAGUGGUGCUCAUGUCCACUUAGAUAGUGAUGUCAUGGACACCUGAAAAUUGUUCCCGAGCCUUCUUUUCCUCUAAUACACUGUCACCAUAUCCAUUUGUUCUCUAUCUCAGAUCUGCUUCCUCCUUUCAAGCCCCCAUGACACUGCCUUCAUUAAGACCCUCAUCAUGUCUCUUAUCCUGAGUUCAGCAUCCUCCUGUGGCACCCUGCCUGCAUUCUAACCCUCCUCCAGUCCCUUCAUCCUUCACACCUCUGCCAGGUUAAUCUUCCCAAAACAUAACUUUCAUCCUUUCACUUACUUGAUCAAAAAGUUGGGUAGCUCCCUAUUACCUACAGAAAGGCCUAUGUGCCUUUCCAAACCAACCUCAGCUUUUCCUCUUAUACCAGCUUUCUACUGUAGCCAAACUUGCUACAUACAUUCUACCUUUUUGCCUGUGCUGGUGCCAUUUCUCAUGCCUAUACUGCUCAUCUUAUUCCUGAACAGAUAUCCUGAAUCUCCCUCAACGUUUAGGGCCCACCUUAUAUUCUGCUUCUUCCCAGAACACUCCAGUCCAGAGUGAUAAUAACCAAAUACACCUUGCAAUCUUACAAAUUGCUUCUGCCUGAGAGGUCAACACUACCAGCUCCAUUUUAUGAAUGAGAAUGAAAGAAUUGAGGCACAGAAGUUUGAAUGACUUACCGGUGGCUACAGAGCUGCCAAGAUACAGAGCCUGGGCCUACCUAGCCUUUAGUCUUCUCUUUCCAGAUCUGUUUUUACCUCAGUGACCACUCCCUCUCUGACCUCACAGCAUUAUGGUCGUCAUCACUCCUUCAGUCCUCAAUCACAUACUACCUGUGGCCAGCAGAAACAGGGGUCUUGAGAGUCGGGGGCAAGGUCUAAGAAGAGAUCACCCUGUAUUUGACAUUGAAGUUGGCCAGAAAGUGCACAAGGGAUGAACUGAGCUACCUGGAAACUACCCUUGGGAACAUGGUCUGUGAAUGGAGGUAAGCUGGGCAGAGCUUUGGGAAUGAAAGGUAACCAUCAAGUGUCUUGUGAGGAGGGCCUAGAGCCAGGACAAAUACUGUUCAGGGGGUAUAGGUAGGGUUCUGGGUAAUUGGCACUGCUUCUGGAUAGUUUUGCCAGGUUCUUUGGUUAUAGAGGAGCUAUAUCCUAUCCCUCAGGCCAUCCAUCUGAAUGGAAAUUCUCCGAGUGGACCAGCACUCUGUGUUAGGUUCUGUGUUCACCUAACAUUCUUCUCAUUGAUGGUUCUAUCACGGUGGAGGGAAUUCCCUGGGUGAUUGUCUGGCUCUGGUUUCUAGCAGGUUCCCUUUCAUUCCUAAGGGCUUAUGUGUGGUUUGUCAAUGUGGGUCAGUUUCCCUAGGCUGACCAGCUCUGAGACAGCAACUUCUGUAUCUGCAAAGUUGAGUAGCAUGCAGACAUUAGGCAUUAGGUAACCUGUCCCUCUCCACCAGGCACACAGAAAGUGCUGAGACAUGACCUCUGAGAGGCCUGCUUCUCUGUGACAUCUCUUCUGAAGUAGAGUGUGGUCUUGUGACAUCUCAGGCAUAUGGGCUCCCUCAGAGAGUCAGGGCCUCAGAAAAUAUCUGUGAAAUGAGCAGAAGGGAGAUGAUGCCAGACAGCAGCCUGGCGAGACAGAGCUCAUCUCCUGUCCUGGGUGUAAGCAAGUGGACCUCACCAGGGAUGUAACUGAGCAUUUUUUUCUGCAGUGCUUUUCUACUGGGCAAUCCAAGAUGGCCAGGAACUGCUCCGAGUGCAAGGAGAAGAGGGCAGCACACAUCCUCUGCACCUACUGCAACCGCUGGCUGUGCAGCUCCUGCACGGAGGAGCACCGGCACGGCCCAGCCCCCGGGGGCCCUCUCUUUCCCCGGGCCCAGAAGGGCCCGCCAGGAGUGACUGGUGGUUCUGGGGACUUCGCCUUGUACUGUCCUCUACACACACAAGAAGUGCUCAAGCUAUUCUGUGAGACUUGUGAUGUUCUAACAUGCCAUAGCUGCCUCAUGGUGGAACACAAAGAACAUAGGUGUAGACAUCUUGAAGAAGUUUUGCAAAACCAGAGGAUGCUUCUGGAAAGUGUGACUACACAGGUGGCUCAUAAGAAAUCUAAUCUACAGACCUCUGCAAAGCAAAUUGAGGACAGGAUUUUUGAAGUGAAGCAUCAACACAGGAAGGUGGAAAACCAGAUCAAAAUGGCCAAGAUGGUUCUGAUGAAUGAGCUGAACAAACAGGCCAAUGGGCUCAUAGAGGAGUUGGAGGGCAUUACUAAUGAGAGAAAGCGGAAGCUGGAGCAACAGCUACAGAGCAUCAUGGUUCUCAAUCGCCAGUUUGAACAUGUGCAGAACUUCAUCAAUUGGGCUGUCUGCAGCAAAACCAGUGUCCCUUUCCUGUUCAGCAAAGAGCUGAUUGUGUUUCAGAUGCAGCGAUUGCUGGAGACAAACUGUAACACAGAUCCUGGCUCCCCUUGGAGUAUCAGAUUCACCUGGGAGCCUAACUUCUGGACCAAGCAACUGGCUUCCCUUGGCUGUAUAACUACUGAAGGUGGACAGCUGUCCCGGGCAGAGACUCCUGCUUAUGGAGGCUUACAGGGACCGCCAUCCUUUUAUCAAAGCCAUCAGUCCCCACUGGCACAGCAAGAGACUCUCAGCCACCCCUCACAUAAGUUCCAGUCUCCAGCACUGUGUUCCUCAUCUGUGUGCUGCUCCCACUGCUCCCCAGUCUCGCCCUCCCUCAAAGGUCAGGUCCCCCCACCCGGCAUACACUCAGCUCACAGCUUCAGGCAACCCUCUGAGAUGGCACCUCAACAACUGGGGUCUCUGCAGUGCCCUGCCCUGCUGCCCAGGGAGAAAGAGCUGGCUUGUAAUCCUCAGCCACCAAAACUGAUGCAGCCCUGGCUGGAAACGCAGCCCCCCGUGGAGCAGGAGAACUCGUCUCAGCGGCCGGGGCAGCAGCUGACUUCCCAGCCAGUGUGCAUCGUGCCCCCGCAGGAUGUUCAGCAAGGAGCCCAUGCCCAGCCCCCCUUACAGACCCCCUCCAUCCAAGUCCAGUUUGGCCACCACCAGAAGCUGAAGCUCAGCCACUUUCAGCAGCAGCCACAGCAGCAGCUGCCACCUCUGCCACCUCCGCCGCCCCCACCCCAGCAGCCGCCGCCGCCACCUCUACCUCCAUCCCAGCACCUGGCUUCUAGUCAGCAUGGAAGCCCGCCUGGGCCUGCCUGCUCCCAGAACAUGGAUAUAAUGCACCACAAAUUUGAGCUGGAGGAGAUGCAGAAGGACCUGGAGCUUCUCCUUCAGGCUCAGCAGCCCAGCCUGCAGCUGAAUCAGACCAAAUCUCCUCAGCACCUUCAGCAAACCAUUGUGGGGCAGAUCAACUACAUUGUGAGGCAGCCAGCGCCCAUCCAGUCCCAGAGCCAGGAGGAUGCCGUGCAGGCUUCAGAUGAGCCCCCAGCAUCUGAAGGUCCAAAGCCGGCUCUCCCUCUUGACAAGAAUACUGCUGCUAACUUGCCCCAGGCGUCUGGGGAAGAAACCCCUCCCAGUGUCCCCCCACUGGACAACACCAUCCAGCACUCCUCUCCAAAUGUGGUGAGAAAGCACUCCACUUCGGUGAGCAUCAUGGGCUUUUCCAACACACUGGAGAUGGAGCUGUCAUCUACCAGGCUGGCAAGGACCCUAGAGCCACAGAUCCAGAGCGUGAGCAGCCUGCCUGCCACCCCUUCCCACAUGGUACCAAGCCUGCUGAGCAGCACCCCCACAACUGUGUCCAGCCUGAUGAGCAGUCAAAACCAGGCUAUGCCCAGCCUGACAGUGGGUCAUCUGCCGACCAUACCCAGCCUUGUGCGCGGCACACCCCAGUCCGUGCCCAGCCUGAUGAGUGAUUCCUCCCAAGCCAUCACAAGCCUAGCAAGUGAUCAGUCACAGGCCAGGCCCAACCUGAUGUCUGGUCCCACCCAGGCUAUGCCAAGUCUGGCGACUUGUCCUCUGCAGAGCAUGCCUCCAGCUUCUGACGUGCAACCAGAAACUGGAUCCAGCUGCAGUCCUGGCUCUGGGCGAGCUGUAGGGAGCCUGUGCCCUGGAGAUGGGGCUGACCCCUCUUUCGGGAAUGCCCUGUGUAAGAUGGAAAGUGAGGAUUCUACCCGCUUCACUGACUCUCUGAGACAAGACUCCACAACCCCUGGUCUGGAUGCUUCCAAGGACUUGGCUAUCCCUUCAGAACUAGAGGAGCCAAUUAACCUCUCUGUGAAGAAACCCCCACUGGUCCCAGUGAUCAACACGUCCAUGGCUCUGCAACAGUACCGGAACCCAAAAGAGUAUGAGAAUUUUAAACAAGGAGCCCUGGAAUUGGAUGCAAAAGGGAACCAGAGUAUCAGGCCCUUCAACAGCGAGCCUAAGAUUCCCUAUGUGCGACUGGAGCGGCUCAAGAUCUGUGCUGCCUCCUCGGGAGAGAUGCCUGUGUUCAAGUUGAAGCCCCAGAAGAAUGAGCAGGAUGGGAGCUUCCUGCUGAUCAUCGAGUGUGGCACUGAGUCCUCCAGCAUGUCUAUUAAGGUCAGCCAGAACAACAUGCCUGAUGCCAUCCAGGCCCCAAGUCUGGGGGGAAGAAAGGUCACUGUCACUUCUCUGGCGGGGCAGCAGCCACCAGAGGGGGAGGGUGCAUCUCCUGAAGAACAAAGACUCAUUCCUCGGACCCCUGGAGCCAAGAAGGGGCCCCCGGUACCAAUAGAGAAUGAGGACUUCUGCGCUGUGUGCCUCAAUGGGGGAGAGUUGCUGUGCUGCGAUCGCUGCCCCAAAGUGUUCCACCUUUCCUGCCACUUGCCGGCCCUGCUCAGCUUCCCCGGGGGAGACUGGGUAUGUACCUUGUGCCGCAGCCUGACCCAGCCCGAGAUGGAGUACGACUGUGAGAAUGCCCGCUAUAAUCAGCCUGGAACGCGGGCCACUCCUGGCCUGAGCAUCUAUGACCAGAAGAAGUGUGAAAAGCUGGUACUGUCCUUGUGCUGCCAUAGCCUCAGCCUGCCCUUCCAUGAACCUGUCAGCCCGCUGGCUCGGCAUUACUACCAGAUUAUCAAGAGGCCCAUGGACCUGUCAAUCAUUCGGAGGAAGCUGCAAAAGAAGGACCCAGCUCACUACACCACCCCAGAGGAGGUGGUGUCAGACGUCCGCCUCAUGUUCUGGAACUGUGCGAAGUUCAAUUAUCCCGACUCAGAGGUUGCAGAGGCCGGCCGCUGCCUGGAAGUGUUCUUUGAGGGCUGGUUGAAGGAGAUCUACCCGGAGAAACGGUUUGCCCAGCCAAGGCAGGAGGACUCAGACUCCGAGGAGGUGUCAAGUGAGAGUGGGUAUUCCACUCCGCAGGGUUUCCCAUGGCCCCCCUACGUGCAGGAGGGCAUCCAACCCAAGAGGCGGCGGCGACAUAUGGAGAAUGAAAGAGCAAAAAGAAUGUCGUUCCGCCUGGCCAGCAGCAUCUCCCAGGUGUGAGAGCUGGCGGUACAGCGAGCACUCUGGCAGCUGGCGCCCCAUCCUGUUGACCACUCCUCCCCACCUUUCAGCUCAUUCUCUUCAGAUCGUGGAUGUGAGACAAGUCUUGUCGAGCUGUGUAGUGCUCUUUGCCGUUUGCAUCUUACAACAUUCAUUUGGGAGCCAUAGUGCAUCCACUACAGAGAAGAUUUCAGUAAUAAACAGCAAAGAGGGAGGUGUUCCCUAUUACCAGAAAAAUCAGAUGUGUGGGGUCCACUUGACAAGACCAAGUCUGGUCAGGCUUGGGAGGACUUAACUUCCUUGGUGACUGCUCUCUGCUAAGGAGAGCAGACUUUUCUCACCUUUCAGUGUGCAAGGCUCAGGAGCAAUGUAUCUAUCUGAAGUCCUCCUGGGUCCAGAAGAGGGUAAAAGAAGGGAGAGAGGUUCUGACAUAUGGCAGGCCUGUGAUCCCUGGCCCAGCACAGCCAAAGACUGUCACUGUUUGCCUUUGCUUGGCCUGCCAGGACAGGAAGCUGCCCUGGGCAGGGGGAUGGAGGCUUCCAGAGGCCAUAGGUCUCAAUUGGUGCCUAUUCGGGUUCUAACGGUUUUCAGGGUAUUUGUUUCUCAUGCUCCCUGUCCCGAUGUUGACUUAGGUGGCCGCUAUGAAAGUGCUCUAGGUGGUAUGUAUGGCAUUCUUGACGGGGCCAGGUGGCUGUGCAGGGACCACCGACAGCUUCAGGCUCAGACGUACAGGCUUAAGGAGAUGUCAACUUCAGAGCCUGUCCUCUGUGCCACUUACUUUGGGUUAAUAACUCUUCUUUAGUGUCAGAACCUGCCUUCCUAGAAGUGAUUGUCAGUGGCCAUCCCUUCAUUGUCUCCACUCAGAGAUCUGGAGCCCGAGUUCUGCUUGGGUAAACCUGAGAGUUGGGUUGGGCAAGGGGAGUGACCCAGAACUGGCUCGCUGUGCUAGGCUUCUCCUCUGUCGUAGAGAUCCUAGUUCUCAGCCUUUCCACGUUCGCAGAGCCAAAGAUCAGAAGUGAGUUCUCGGACUCACUCACCCCCAGGCUGUCUGCAGCCCCCAAAAAAUUCAGGACUCUACUGGCAGCCCUUUUCUGUUGGAGGUUGGAGAAGGCCAAAGGGACUGCCAGGAGCAUGGUGUAAUCAUUCAUGGGGGAAGUUCUGUCUAGGGUAGAGAAGAGGAAACUGACAGGUGAGAAGCUAGUGUCCUUCAGUGACUUUGAAGCAACUUCAGGACAUCACUGCUCCGAGAAUGCAGAAGGAAAUGUUCUAGAAGCCAUGGGAACAGGAAUUUCAGACUCUAUCUCGGAUGGAGAUGGAUCUUCAUGGUCCGUGUGGGGUGUUUGGGGAAGGCUGCAUAGGCAGAUGCUGGGGGUCAAGCUACUUCCUCAGCCAGGACUUGGUUGAGAAGGACCCUAUUGCUGAUGGUGUUGGGGGAGCUGCAGACCUGGCGCUUCAGUGGCCUGGCCCAGAGACAUCACUUUGUUGUGGCUUGGCUUUAUUUUUGCUAAAAGAUGAAACUUAAGGAAGCUGUUGUUUGUAGGGCCUUUGUUAAGGGGAACAUUCUGCUCAGAGAAAGCUCUGCUUUCCUUGUCAGUCGGUGGUGCUGCUCAUUUCCUUUGCCACCCAGGCUGAGAGGCCAUCCUCCACCGGCCAUUCUUUCACCAGCACCUGCCAGGCUCUCCUGCGCAGACAGGCUUCCAUAAUCCCGUUUCCCAGUUUGGGGUAACUAAGUCUUUCGUGCUUCACUAGCCAGGCAAUCUUUAGACCUAGCCCUCUGUUCUUUGGGGCUCACAUGACUCUCUGGCUUGGGCUCUGGCCACUUUCCUUUCAAUGUUUGAAUUGUUUUCUCUGUUUAGUUGACUUGGCGAGGUUCCCUCUGUAAUUACCUCAUGAAUUCAUGCUCUAGGUCAUCUUUCCUGUGUUGUGGCCCCCAUUUCCACCUUCCCUGAGUGAGAAUCAUGGUGCUUUGUGUCAGAUAGCCAGGUAGGGCUGUGACAGUCUCAAACCUGACUGAGAUCCUUCCACAGGACCAACCGGAGACUACAAAUAUAAAGCAGAAAUGCGGGGCUAAAUGCUUAGCUCCCCUUUUAUUCAUGAAGCUCCUAGCUGGGUAUAGCCUGCUGGGCCAGGGGAUCGUAGUAACGUAGUCGAGAGUCACGUAUUCCUUUCCCACCGCAGAGACCCUGCAUGCUGAGAGGCCCACUUUCGGCACCUGAGCAGAUGUAGGGUAUCCUCCCUGCAAGGGUGCAAGGCCAUGGCCCGCCACACCACCCCUGCACUGCUUACCCCACACCACUGCCCUCCCCCAGGCUUUUCCUGUGUACUUAGCACCAAUGUUUUGUGUCAUGGUUUUUGUUUUGUUUUGUUUUGCAUGCAGAAAACAGAACAUGACUUUUUAUAAAUUAAAGAAAAAAAAGCUGCUAGCUGA